ACGAAGAACCCCCCAUCGCCGAUACGCCGAGGAAAAGAGAGAGCCAAGAAAAUGCAGAUCUUCGUGAAAACCCUAACGGGGAAGACCAUUACGCUGGAAGUUGAGUCCAGCGACACCAUUGACAAUGUGAAGGCCAAGAUCCAGGAUAAGGAGGGUAUUCCCCCCGACCAGCAGAGGCUGAUCUUUGCCGGAAAGCAGCUCGAGGAUGGCCGCACUCUCGCCGACUACAACAUUCAGAAAGAAUCAACACUACAUCUGGUUCUGAGGCUUCGUGGUGGGAUUAUUGAGCCUUCUUUGAUGGCAUUGGCCAGGAAAUAUAACCAGGACAAGAUGAUCUGUCGCAAAUGUUAUGCACGCCUACAUCCCCGUGCUGUCAACUGCCGGAAAAAGAAAUGUGGACACAGUAAUCAGCUGAGGCCAAAGAAGAAGAUCAAGUAGACUGCUGAUCCAGAGAAGGGAACGUUAUGGAACCUGAUAUGUCACUCAAUUCGCUCGCUGGCCUCUUAUGGUUCAUUAGGAUUAUGUGCUCAUCGGUUUAAGGACUCAAUUUUUGUAGUUUGACUUUGAAAGAUUUAAGUUUGGUUCCGCUUAUCACAAUUUUUGGUUGCUUUACAAUGGUUUUGACUCUAUUUGAAUCUAUUUUAGUGA